UCAACCAUCCCCGAGCCUCGCCCGUUUCUUCCCCCGCCCCGACCGCCACGCCCAAAACCAUUGCCCCCUCUCUCUACUCCAGCCCCAUUCCUUCCAUACCCGUUGCCUUCCUGCUCAAAAUUCUCCUGGUAACCUCUCCCUGGGUUCUGCAUUUGAGGACGGCCCCCAUGGUAGCUCCUCUCCUGCUCAAUUGUACGGGUGCCGCCCCCUCUCCGUCCCCGACCACCACCCCUCCCCCCUCGGGAAGAGCCAGAGUCACCCCCAUAUCUGGCCUGGGUAUUCCGCCCAUCUUGGCUCGUUCCUGCCCCUGGCCAAGGAGCCGACAUAGUACUCGGCUGAUCUGACGAACUGGUAUAUGCUGCGGAAGAGGAGAGUCGUUCUGCAGCAGCUACUGGGUCUACCAAGCUGUUGGACAGCGACCAGAGGGAGCGCAGCGGCCCGAGCACCCGAAGUCUGGCAACCAACAUGGGGCUGGAGAAGGAGGCUGUUCUCGACAGGGAGGCGCAGCUCGCGAGGGCGGCGUUAGCGAAUUGGAGCUGCGAAGUGCAGAGAGCCAUACUGAAAAAGAGAGUUCAGAGAUGGCUGCUUGUGGAGCUUGACAUUGUUGAGCAGUGGUUGAGAGAACUUAAGCGGAUUACGCGGAAGAUCAGAUUCAUACUUCAGCCCUAAGAAGAUUUAGAAAGUAGAAAGUAGAAAGUUCUAAUUUCUGAAGGUUCCGUUUCCAGUGGGCGUGGCCUAGUGCCAGCUGCCCAGCUGCCUGAUGGGAAGUGGUGCAGUGCUGUGCAAGUGUUGGUGGCAUUGCAUUUGUGAAACGAGACAUUGUCUUCUGAAUCUUUGAAGAUUGAAAUUGACUUCAGCCCCAGCUUUGUUUUGACUUCGUGAACGCGCCCAUUGCAUUCGGCACUCCCAGCAAUUGCACCAACUUCGUUCUACCAGGCAAGAUGUUGAGGCGCACAGGGCUUCAGGCGCUUCGCAAUGCUCUGAAGGCGGCUAGAGCGAGUGCCACCAUUACCAGCCCGAGUGUCAGCGGCCGCUACGCCGCAGAUCUGCCAAAGGGUUUCGCAAGCAUUGCAAAGAGGUCAAUUUCGGGAGCAGAUGUGAAUGUGAACCCAGGCUUUGCAGUGGGGGCAGUUCGUUACUUCGCAAAGGGCGCAAAGUCAGACGGUUUGGCGCGGGCACUGGAUCUCGAGAUACAAGACCAAGAAAAGCAGUAUGUGUCACCUAAUGUGGAGCUCCCCCAUGGCUACAAGGUCGUCGAGAGCCCUGGUAGCAGGAAGCUGACAGUGCGCAAAAUGCAUGGGAACGAAGAAAUCGAGCUCAUGACAUACGUCGAUCCUGAGAUGGAUGCUGCAUACGCGGAGAGCGCUUACAAUGAUCCUGAUGAAGAGGGAGAUGGUGAAGAGAAUGCUGGGACUCCCCUGCACUUCAUGGUCAAGGUUACAAAGGGUGGCGAAGAUCGUACCCUGGUCUUCGAUUGUUCCUUCGAAGGAGGAGAGAUCAGCAUCGACGCAGUGCAUGUUGAGGACCCCAGCAUAAACGAGAGCGAUGCCUAUCCGGGACCGGAGUACAGCGAGCUGGACGAGCGACUGACACAGAACCUCAAGAAGUAUCUGGUAGAUCGUGGUGUGGACAACGACACUAUGGAAGCCUUUGCCGACCUUAAAAACGACAAGGAAGAGAGAGAAUAUGGCAGAUGGCUGAAGGAGGUGAAGAGCUUCGUCUCAAAGUGAUCGCUGUCGAGCAAGAGAUAAGCGUUUGCAAACAAAAACAGUCAAACUUAAAAGGCAGAAAAGGAAGGUAUGUCGUGGUGAGGGAGGAAGUGGGCAACUUCAGUAAGGGGUUACUUUGCGAGAAUCUGUCUUAAGUCACUCGCUGUGUGAGAUUGGCACCUUUGACGGUAGCUUCCAACCGGAUUGGCUGCAAGAUAUGAUGGACAAACAUCGAGAUUUGGGAACGUUACUGCAAGCUACCGUCGAGCAGAUUAUAUGCAAUCUAUAGACAACACUAUCAUAUCAGUGUCUACUGAUCUGUUAAUCUGGUCAGCCCUGACCGUCGCUUCCGGGACAACUCAAAAUGCGUAUCUGAUAUCUCAUGGACGGUCGAGACACAAUGUUUUAUAAUUCUCAGCGUGGAUCCAGAACUUUGCAGACACGGCCGAGGCUCCUUCCGAAAAUCUAGC